CGCCCGCCGCUGAAGCCCAGCGCGCGCCGCCGGCCCGCCCGCGCCCGCCGCCCCGCAGCCCGGCUCCGACCGCCGUCCUCUCCCCAAGAUGUGGCACAGCGUCGGGCUGACCCUGCUGGUGUUCGUGGUCACGCUGCUGAUCGUCCUGCUGCUGAUGGUGUGCGGUUGGUAUUUUGUAUGGCAUCUUUUUCUGUCGAAAUUCAAGUUUCUGCGGGAACUGGUGGGAGACACAGGAUCUCAGGAGGGAGAUCAUGAGCCGUCAGGUUCUGAAACAGAAGAAGACACUUCGUCAUCCUCACAAAGGAUCAGAUCUGCUCGCCAAAGGAGGGCACCUGCUGAUGAAGGCCACUGACGCCAGCCAUCGCCCUGUACUAGUGAAUGAUGAAAGGCAGUGGGGAGCCUCUGUCUUUAAUGACUUGGCUUUGUGUUUUUUUUACUUGGAUUUUAAGUCCAAUUGAAAAAAAAAAAGAUUUAUCUGUAAGCCAUAUGAACAUAAAGGGAAUUAAAAACAAAUCAGAUUAUUGCAAAUUCCAUCUUAAAGAAUAAUCUUUUGCUUCACUAGCUUUCCACUUAGUACUUACUCUUUGCCUCCUGGGCUUAUUUCCUUGCACUGGUGUGAAUCUGAUAAACAUUACAGGCUUGAAUAACCAUAUUUUAUUAGUUCUAUAAUGUAUGUUGUUGUUUCUUGUUUGUUUUUUUGGUUUUUGUUAUCACAUUUUAACCUUGUCUCAAAUUGGGAGGUAUCUCAUGAUUCCCGUCAGCCGGGAGAUGGUCAUCAUGUGAUUAUCCCUGCCUGUGCUGUGCGUGUGUGACCCUGACAGCUCGUCAUAGAUAGCCUCAUCACCGUAGUGUUGGUAUCAAAUGUGUCAGGUUUAAUUAGCAUCUAAAAAUGUCUUCAAAAAGAUUGCACUAUCAUUCAGCGUUGAAACGAAAAGUUAUCGUGUACACGGAAAAGCACGGGAACAGAACGGCCGGACGCACGUUUGGUAUUAGCGAAGCCAACAUCCGUCGCUGGAGGAAUGACCGGACGUCCAUAUUUGCAUGUAAAGCAACAACAAAAUGCUUCACGGGACCUAACAGGAAGAUACCCGCACGUGGAUGAAGCCGUACUACGAUUUGUUAGUGACAUGCGUGUGAAAGGAUUGCCUAUCACAUGCCAGGCGAUGCAACUGAAGGCGGGAGAAAUUGCCAAAACCCUGGGAAUCGAUGAAACAGAGUUCAAGGCGACGAGAGCCUGGUGUGAUCGGUUCAUGCGUCGAGCAGGACUGUCUUUGAGGUGCCAGACCUCGUUUUGCUCAGAGCUGUCCGCUGACGUGAAAUAGACGGACACGGCGAAACACGCUUUCCGGAAGCGCCGUGUCCCCAGCGCCCUGGAUGCCACCAAGGGUGCCACUCUGUGGAGGAAAGCAGGCCUCCGUGGCUGUGCUUGGAGCAGUGACUCAGAAGAGUUGGGCUCAGACUAUGAAGUUAUCGUUAUAAUUUAACCAGUUAUCUCACACGCUUUCUUCAGGUAUGGGCCAGACUGAUGUGAUUAAAAAACCCUUUUAACUCUAAAACGAUGUUUCAGUAAAUCCCCGCAUUCUGCACGCUGUGGAAAGCACUGUGUCGGCUUCAUUGCCUGCAUUGUUUUGUUAGUGGUACACGUGGUGCACGUUACAGUUGCUGGUAUCUUAGAGUAAAAAUAGCUUGUAAACUUAUUCUUCCUUGUAGGAUAGCGAUUAUGUGUUAGGGAACUUAAUCCUGACUCUUAGGUGAUUAAAAUAGUUAUCCUCUAGGAGAUAGAGGGUUUUGGUUUUUUUCUGCAACCUAUUCAAGAUUUGAGAGCAGUAAUUUAGGAAUCUAAGAACUGUCUUCUACUUCAGGAAGAAUAGGAUUGGUUUCUCCCUUUUGUACGGGAGGACUUCAUGCUCAAGGCAUGUGUUGUGGAGAAUGUGCUUCUUCACAAACAAUUCAGCAACGAGACCUCAGAGGUCCUGGGUAUUGAGGAUAAAAUAGAGUGGUGACCAUGCUCGCCUCACUGGGAAACAACCUGCCGGGUGCCCGUGUUUGUCCUCACUGGACUUUGGCCCGAGUGUUCACCAGAGAAGAGAGAGAGGGAUUACAGACCCUUCCCCUUCAGCGUUACCCACUCUUUGCAAGAAUGAACUGCAAAGCCAGUUUCUUUUAUUCAUCCAAGUUCUUGUUAAUGUUUUUAUCCUUUUCUUUCCCUCCAGAACUAGUCAUCGCAGAAUGUCCCCAUUCUUACGACGGUGUGUAACUACGAGUGAUACCUCAUAUUUCACGCUCAUGGUCUGCUUGGUAACUGUCCACUUGCUGUGCCCCACACUCGUAUCCUUGAGGUUUGCCUCGCCGUCAUCGGGGCCCUUUGGAUAAACUGAAAGAAAGGGAAUUUACAGACCAUAGGUUUAGUUUUAAAUAUUUGCUAGGGGAAGAUCCCCAGCAGCCGAGAGAGGCACAGAAUCUUUGUCAUUUCCUUUUUGGAUGCCGUCUUCUAUUCAUGACUGUAGGGAUUCAUAAGCCAGUGACCCAAGUUGCAAGCAUUAAUUUUAGUGCUUCGUACUAGCUGCAUUACCACAUUAAAACAGUCAUCAGCUAGAAUUCAUGCCUGAAAGCUUCUUGGUACUGGGAGGAUAUUUAAAUUAGAUCUUUCAUAACCUAAUAUUUUGAGCUGUGGAUUCUGCUUUCUAGUAGUGUGUCUUAGGUUUAAGUAAUAAUAAUAGUUGCUGACAAACAUUAAGUAGCCGACGAGCUUCUAUGCUGUUUCAGUAUUAAAGAACGAUGGCUGGUGUAACUUCAUAAAAUCUGCAAGGGUCAUCCACAAAUUACUACAGAUGAGCCCAUGUGAAGGUGUACAUGUUGGUAUUAUUUCCAUUUAUGCUUCAGGGAUAUCUUUUUUAGUAGGAUUUAAGGAAAUGGUCUGUUUAACUUACUUAGGAAGUCUAUCCGAAAGCAUAUGAAGUAGCUUACACCCUACCAUGUUUUAACUCUUCAGAGAGUAAAAGGAAAUCACUGAGGCCAAUAUGAACAUUCUGCAAACUAAUUCUUUUGUUUAAAGCUUUUUUUUUCUUUCAUUCCUCCCCCCGCCCCCCACCAUAGUAUGCAUUUCUAAGGCCGCCACUAAGAAAGGCAAGGGGAAUAUUAACACACAAUUAUUUGUGUGGGGUAGCAUUUCUGUUCCUAUUCCUAUUUUAGUGCUUUUGUAGCUGCACUUGACCAGAACUUCACACGUGCAUUUUCAGUUUCUCACAGGGAGACUGACUACUGUGGUUAAUUUUGAAGCUUAGAAGGUUGUGAGCCUUCAGAGUACAUUCAGGAUCAGUCUUGUUUGAAUACUCAGAGACAUAGAUGGUGACCAACCAUUCUGUCUUUUGAGGAUUAAUUCUAGAAUUGAGGACUCUGAUAGGUUGUUUCAUUUCCUUCCCAAUCAACCAUUCCCACGUCUCUGUUGCCUCCGAAACUUUUGUGAAAAUUGCCUGUAUCAAGCGUACUGGUUUGCAUUGCUCUGAUUUAAAUGCCAAAAAACACUAAAUAUUUGUGUGGCGCACUGUUCAGUGAGGCUUUUAAUAUUUACAUCAAGCUAAAAAUAGAAUUCAUCCAAUGGAUUUUGUAGUAUUGUUUUCAUGGUGGAAACAUUAAAUAUGUUGUUUUUUGGUGAAUAGCUAAUUCACAUAUGUGCUGACCCAUGUCUUCAGAUGAUGCUAGGUUUAAAAACAAGUUCAACUGUUAUUUUGCUGAAAGGUGGGAAUAUAUUUUGCUGAAAGAUGGGUGAACCAUAGUAAUGGUUUGACAGAAUGUUACUUUAAACCAAAACGUGUUGAAAGAUUUGAAAGUAGUGUUCUUUUGCUUUUAGGAGCAACCUAUUUUGAAAUUAUUUAUAAGUCAACAAUGCAGUAUUUUUUAAAGUCCGUUUUUCUUAAGUUUAUGUUUUAAUGUAAUGUAACCAGUGUAACGUUAGAUUUUUGACUGGUAAACUUCAGGUGCUUUUACUUUGAAGUUGACUUUUAAAAGCUAAUGAGCAGUACUCAAAGGGUAUCGACUUUGGAGCAUCUAAUGGAAUACUAUUUCAUUAUGGAGUCUAGAAUUAAAGCACCAAGUAUUGUCUGCUUUUAAAGUAUCCUCUAGCUUUUAACUGAAAGCAUAAAGAGUAGCAUUUUAUCUUAUAUUAAUAAAAGUUCCCAUUUCUUAAUAUACAUGGGCUGCCUGCCUUAGGACCUGUGUUUAACAGUACCCUCCAAGUCAGUUCUGGGCAUAACCAUUCACCAAAUAUGGCUGCUGUUGUUUCUUAAAGGAAACAUCCUGUGUGCUAUGAUGUAUUGCCAUCCUGCUGCUUGACAAAUAGAUUUAUAUAUAAGGAAUUAGAAGUGUGUGCAUUAAUAGUACCACUGUAUAACGAGAUGUAAAAUUAGAGUCAUGGAAUGUAUGUAAAUGAUCACUCACUGUUUUUGUUUCAAAACUGGUCAAUUCUGUACCUAAAGCUUCUGUGGUUUGUUUGAUGUUCUAACUUUCACUUUAAACUGCACAGAAUAAAUUAAAAUGGAAACAAAA